CACAGAGCGGCGAUCGCUGGUGCGCUGUGUCCCUCGGACACAGCGGAUCACGGAAAGAACCGAAGAUGUCGGCUCGGUCAUGUGAUCAGCUGUGUCCAAUCACAGCUGAUCACUGAUGAUCAGUGUGCCCUGAUGAUCAGUGUGGCCCCAGAAGUGCCACCUGUCAGUGCUCAUUAGUGCCACGUGCCGGUGCCCAUGAGUGCCACAUCAAUGCCACAUAUCAGUGCAUACCAGUGCACAUCAAUGCCACAUAUCAGUGCCCCCAUCAGUGCCAGUCAGUGCCACCUAUCAAUGCCAAUCAGUGCCACCUAUCAGUGCUGCCAAUCAGUGCCACCUAUCAGUGCCAGUCAGUGUCGCCUAUCAGUGCGCAUCAGUGCCAGUCAGUGCCCCCUAUCACUGCCAGUCAGUGCCGCCUAACAGUGCCAGUCAGUGCCCGCCUAACAGUGCCAGUCAGUG